CACGCUUUAGCAAAACUCACAAAUGAUAUCCGCUUUCCACUAAACUUAUAUCAUGUAUUAUCGAUCAAAUGAAAAAAACAAUUUCGAUUAUUGUUUUUUACUGAAUAUUCAAACCAAAAAAUAUAUCGAGACUGAGCAGAAUAAUUAUUCAAUCGGUCCUUCGGGGUUCUCACAUUCAACUUUUGAAUUUUUUUUUUUGGUAGGUUAUUUAUUCGUCACGAUGCUUAUGUUACGUAGUUUCAUAUUAUUUUUGAUGCUGAAGGUGAACAAAAUCAAUGCCGAUGGUUUUCAAUCCAAAUCCACGACAUUUCUGUUAUAGGAAAAUACGUCUUGGACUUCGAUGGAAUUAUUUGCACAGUGCUAUCAAGAGAACAGAAAAUGUCAUCAAGAGAAGGACCAAUGUCAUCAAGAGAAGAACCAAUGUCAUCAAGAGAAGACCCAAUGUCAUCAAGAGAAGAACCAAUGUCAAAAAGACAAAGAAUUUCUCAUGACAAGUUACACACUGUUCAAUACAACUAAUGACAUACUGAAUAAGAAAAGGAGCAGACUUGAACAUGACAUACUAAUUUUGGUUGCGCCAAUGGUCUGUCGAAAAAAAAUCGAAGGUUUAAAAUGGAUAAUACUUAUGGAAAUAGAAAUAGCUAAGGGACGGCUAGCUUCCUUAGAAAAGAAACAACAAAAACAAGAACCAAAAGGCACUUCCGAAAUCACUCCGACUGAAUACACCCUCACCCCUGAAAUGGAAGAAACCGCGCGAAAGCUACAAAAUGCAGUAGAGACCUUAGGAAACCAACAAUACCGACAUUUUUCAGUUGAGUAUCAAAUGAAUAUCGUGUUAACCACAUACAGGGUCAAAGAAGAUAAGCAAGACUGGUUUAAGGACAGAAUGCGCGGUAGCGUCGCUGAAUGGUUUAUUGGAUUUUCAAUAUCGAAUUCUGAAUCCAUUCAGAAACUAAGGCAGCGAUCAACUUGCGAUAUUUUAGUGUUAUCGAUUCAUUUAGCUUAUUUGUGCGAAAUCGGAUCGGACGACGCUUAUGAUUUCGGAAGCACACUCGCCCAACUGUACCAGUUUUCAGAUAGUCAAAUAGUAAGCGUUAUGAUGAAGAAGACGUUAUUUAGAGAUGAAUGUCUUAAAGAAGUACUUUCAAUGUUUUUCCCUGAUGCCUAGCGAUGUGAAGUCUAAAAAGUGAAAAGUAUUUGUACAUUUCUUUCGAUGUCAGAAAAAUGGGCAGUUUUUUUUACAAUAAAAUACAGUUAGAGCAGGAAAAUAACGUAAAAAAGCGAGGGCGAAAAGGAAAAAAUUGGCACAUAAAUUUUUUCUUCGGGAAUGUGUUCAGAUGAACCCCCUGAACUACCAAAAAAAACCCGAACCUCCUAACCCUGGAGCUAAUUUUUUUAGGGGGCUAAAACCGGUUCCGAUUUACGUUUUUUGCGAUUUACUCCGAAAAUAUUAGGUUUACGAGAAAACUACCAUGACAAAAAAUGUUCCCCUUCAAAUUCUCGACAAUUUGAUACUACGCUCGAUACCCAUCCCUCAAGAGGGGUGUCUGAAAAAAGGGGUAGAAAGAGUAGGUGUUUGAAAAAAAGUCAGUCCAAUAAAUUGAUCAAAGUUACCACUUAAUAUCAUUCGUUUUCGCUCAAAUUUUUUUUACAAAGUCUACUCACCCAACUAUUAGUCACACCACCAUUGAUUGGUCUUCAUCCCCCCCAAGGGGUUGGUGGGGGAUGCUUGGUUUUUCAAGUAACACACAACUGAAUCAUAUAUUUGAAAAACGAAUCUGGACAUGCAAUAUAUCGAAUGGUACGUUUUCGAGGUCGCUGAAUACGAAUACCAACUUAUUUUCUGGGUCCAACUCCUCAAAGUCCCUCUGUGCCCCAAAAAGGGGGUUAAAAUUUUGAAAAGUCGUGAAAAGUCGAGUGAUAUAUCGAAUGGUAUGUUUUCGACGUCGCUGAGUACGAAUAUGAACUUGUUUUUUGUGUCCCCCCCACCCCCAAUGUUCCUCUGGGCCCCAACAAGGGGGCCAAAAUUUCAAAAAUCAUCAAAAAGUCGAGUGAUAUAUCAAAUGAAAUGUUUUUCAGGUCGCCAUGCAGGCGCAAAUAUGAACUUAUUUUUGGGUCCCACCCCACAAUAUCCCUCUGUGCCCAAAAAAGGGGUCAAAUCUUGAAAAAUCAUGGAAAGUAGAGUUAUGUAUCGAAUGGUAUGUUUUUGAGGUCGCUGAGUACGAAUAUAAACUUAUUUUUCGUGUCCAACCUCACAAUGUCCCUCUUCGCUCCAAAAAAGGGGCCAAAUUUUGAAAAAUCAUGAAAAGUCGAGUUAUAAGUAUAUGGAAUGGUAUGUUUUCAAGAUCGCUGAACACAUAUUUUUAGAAUCCAAAGCACAAUGGUUCUCAACCCCAAAGAAGUUAACGAAAAAACAUGGUGUGAUCUUUUUCUUUAAAGAUUCACACCAUUAUUUUAGAAAAAAUUCUGAAAAUUCAUCUCAAAAAUACUGAUUGGACUAACUUUCGGCGGGAGGAGGGGAGAUGUAAGUAGAGCUACUCGCAUUGCCAAGGUAUCAUUGGGAUCGCUGUUCAAAAAGUUUGAACGCUCAUUUUGCAAAGAAAACAUUUUACAUCUCAAGAUUUCUCUUUAAAACGCUCACUCACCUACCUGCAGGUUUUGAUUAUUUUUCAAUCGAAAAUAAAAUGGAACUAGGACUUUCACUGUGUUGUCGAAUUUCAUUGAAAUAAAAUGUAUAAUCAUCCAACUAAUUUCUAUUUUUAAAUUUUGUCUACUUAGGUUCUUACGUGCCACUCGAAUUAUAUUUUCAUGGGAAAUUUAAAUGAAAUUAAUCAUUUAUAAUGUUUCUUUUUUUGCUGAAAAAACUCAUAAAUUGAUAAAAAAUUUCAAAAUAGAAUCCCGAAAACACACCACUCGAUAUACUUAUCACUCGACUUUUCAUGAUUUUUCGAAAUUUGGCCCCUUUUUUGGGCACAGAGGGAUAUUGUGGGGUGGGACCCAAAAAUAAGUUCAUAUUUGCGCCUGCAUGGCGACCUGAAAAACAUUUCUUUUGAUAUAUCACUCGACUUUUUGAUGAUUUUUGAAAUUUUGGCCCCCUUGUUGGGGCCCAGAGGAACAUUUGGGGGGGGGGGGUGGGACACAAAAAACAAGUUCAUAUUCGUACUCAGCGACGUCGAAAACAUACCAUUCGAUAUAUCACUCGACUUUUCACGACUUUUCAAAAUUUUAACCCCCUUUUUGGGGCACAGAGGGACUUUGAGGAGUUGGACCCAGAAAAUAAGUUGGUAUUCGUAUUCAGCGACCUCGAAAACGUACCAUUCGAUAUAUUGCAUGUCCAGAUUCGUUUUUCAAAUAUAUGAUUCAGUUGUGUGUUACUUGAAAAACCAAGCAUCCCCCACCAACCCCUUGGGGGGGAUGAAGACCAAUCAAUGGUGGUGUGACUAAUAGUUGGGUGAGUAGACUUUGUAAAAAAAAUUUGAGCGAAAACGAAUGAUAUUAAGUGGUAACUUUGAUCAAUUUAUUGGACUGACUUUUUUUCAAACACCUACUCUUUCCACCCCUUUUUUCAGACACCCCUCUUGAGGGAUGGGUAUCGAGCGUAGUAUCAAAUUGUCGAGAAUUUGAAGGGGAACAUUUUUUGUCAUGGUAGUUUUCUCGUAAACCUAAUAUUUUCGGAGUAAAUCGCAAAAAACGUAAAUCGGAACCGGUUUUAGCCCCCUAAAAAAAUUAGCUCCAGGGUUAGGAGGUUCGGGUUUUUUUUGGUAGUUCAGGGGGUUCAUCUGAACACAUUCCCGAAGAAAAAAUUUAUGUGCCAAUUUUUUCCUUUUUAAAACCGCUAUUUGCCUGCUCUACAGUAAUUCAAUGACUAAAUUGUUACAAGUUCGACAUUUAAUCACAUUUUUUUCAAUAAUUAUUAUUAACUGUUGUAAAGACAAUUUUGUAUCUGGUAAUUUUAGCGUUCUUUAGUAGCUGAGAUGAUCUUUUUGCAUGGUGUUUGGUGGCAACACUGACGUUCAUAUGUUGUACUUUCGCAUUCGCCGUAGUUGUAAGUUUUACCGUUCUAUCGUCUGUUCUCCGUUCUCGCUCUCUCGAUGUAUUUUGUAAUGGCGUUUUAUUAAUUAUAAUUGAAGCGUGGUUUUCCAAAACGCAUUAAGUCCGGUUUUUUUUCAUCAAUUUUUUCGCAUUAUUUGGUUUGUGACGUCAAUAAUACUCCAUCUGAGACACAUCCCCACCAAAGGUACCUAUUUAUUAAUGUUAUAUACAGUUUUUUGUGCAAUCAUUGAAGUGCGCUUAUGAGGUCACAAGCCACAUGGCGCGAAAAAAUUAUUUUUGAAAAAAAUAGACUUAAUGCGUUUUGGAAAACCACGCUUCAAUUUUAAAUGGUUCGUGCGUUUUUAUUCAUUUAUAAAAAACAUUCGCUACAGGUUAUGGGCCCAGUGACAAUCUGGUGACCUCUGGUUUGUUCUUUUCGUUGUUUUUCGCGCUUUUGUUGUUUCCGAAUCGAGCAGAAAAGAUGAGUGUUGAAACUCAAGUACCCGUUCACGUUUUCGUUGGCAGAGGUUUUUUGGAAUGGGAGUUUUGUGUCAAGACGCGCCUAAGAAACCUUGGCUGUAUCUCUACAAUGGCGAUUACUGAAGAAGAUUCGUUGAAACCCUCCGAUGGCGUUAAGAAUAAAGCAAAAGCGAUGGAUUUGAUCAUCAUCAGUUUAGCUGAGCAUUGUUUAGAAGCGCAUUUGAAUUCGACCAUCCGAGCUGCAUUACCGACAAGUGAUGUUUUUGUAGAAGAUAUCGAGAGUGUUAUUCUGGAAGAAACAAGGACAGUCGAGCAGAAAGCUAAGAAAGUGGUAGCUGAAUCGAAGAUAGCUGAAGCUAAGCCUAGUUCCGGUCAGAUGCGAGCAGCGAUGGUAAUAGCUACUGAUCCACCUGUGAAAGGUCCGAUGUGUUACAGGUGUCAGGGGAGCAGUCAUUUAUCGAAGCAUUGUGUGAAGUAUGGUGAAGAUCGGCCUAAAUGUGGCAAAUGUGGCAAGUAUGGCCAUGAAAAAGCGAAGUAUACAAAGCGUGCUGAAUCGUUCUUAUCGUUGUAUUCGUUGUAUUAUAUCAUUGCGAUGUUAUUUUUAAGGUGUAUAUAUUGUCUUGUACCUGUGAUUUUUGUCACUAAUUGUAUUUAUUCGAAGUUGAGUGCAUUUUUUGCGUAUUUUAAUCGUAAUUUCGACCUGUUGUGUUCUAUUUUAUCGAGCGUUCGUCCGUUGUAUUGUAUUAUUUAAUCAAGCCUUUGUUUGUUGUAUCGAGCUGAUGUGCGUUUUCAAUUUGUAUUUGGUGUAUCGAGCUGACGUGCGUUUUUAAUUUCUAAGCGAGCUGACGUGCGUUGUUAAUUUAUAAGCGAGCUGACGUGUGUUGUUAAUUUGUAAGCGAGCUGAUGUGCGUUUUUUUAUUUGUAAUCAAGCUGACGUGCGUAUGUAUUUAUUUUUGUAUCGACCAUUCGUUGUAUCGUUGUAUUUUUAAGUUGAAUUUUGCGUAGUUUUUAUCGUUCGUUCAUCAGAACAAAAUUGUAGGGGAGUGUUGUAAAGACAAUUUUGUAUCUGGUAAUUUUAGCGUUCUUUCGUAGCUGAGAUGAUCUUUUUGCGUGGCGUUUGGUGGCAACACUGACGUUCACAUGUUGUACUUUCGCAUUCGCCGUAGUUGUAAGUUUUACCGUUCUAUCGUCCAUUCUCCGUUCUCACUCUCUCGAUGUAUUUUGUAAUGGCGUUUUAUUAAUUAUAAUUUUAAAUGGUU